CUUUAUUCUUGUGUAUUCAGACGAGGAUCUCCACCUUCACGACCAGAUGACUCGCAGUUUCUAAGUAGAUCCUCUUGGCUUUCUGGUUCCUUGAGCUUUAAGUUCCAACCACGACAAAGAAAUUUAUGAAAAUCGCUCAUGUAAUACAUGAACUUGAUCUUCCUCGAGCAAAAGAACGCAGUAGCAAUACGAUCUACCAGCCCGUGAAUUAAAAUCUACAAACAUGUUGAAACACGUCGUGAAAAAUCUCAAUCACAACAGCGAUUCUAGUUGAACCAUUGGCGACCGGAGUUAGUUUCAGUUUCACACAAACAUCAAUAAUGGAUGAAAAUAUGCUGAAUAUGUGCUAGUAAUCAGGAACAGCAGUGAAAAAUUAAAAAUCACUAGCCUUACACUGCCCUUUCGCAGCUGAUAAAAAUCAUGGCUCACAUGAUUCCGCUCCCGGACCAGGCGGCGCUGAAAGCCAACAGUGCCAGCCGUCACUUCGGUCGUGCGGCCAGGGAUAUGGAGCUAAAUUUCUACCCGACGCUGUGGCAGAAGACGCCGGAAAACCAGGUUGCGAAGUGGUCCCCGGAAUUAGUGGACCACGUGUACGCACGACUCCGGCAGCACCACUUCAACCACAGGGAUGUGAUCGCCCUGGAGUUCUCCGGAUUCUUGGAAAAGUACCUGUGGCCGCACAUCCUACAAACUCCAACCUUACACACGAGCAGCAAAAUCAGCACGUCCACCAGCAUCGGCGAGUUUUGCCCGCUCUUCCCCGGGCAGAAGGCCCAGGAGUUGAAGAAGUUAUCCUACUGCGAGCUGGACACUUUAACCGAGCCGCGACCGCUGUCCCGGGCGCACGUGUUGCUGAUCGCCUUGAUGUUCAUGGAAAAGGUGCGCGACGGCGUCGACGCCUGGCACACGGUCGAUCUGCAGACGAACGACCGCUUCAAAAGAUUUUUCGAGGUCUUCUUGGACCAAGUGAACCCCCCAACAUCCACAACACAAGCGGUCGACGACAGUAUUGAGGAUGCAGGAACAGCAAAGGGAAAAGGGAAGACGACUAAAAUGAAGAAGAAAGGCAAGGGAAAGAAGGGAAACAAGCAAGGCAAAAAAGGGUCGUCGGGCAAGAACGACAAGAGAGUCGCCCUCGACUCGACAGCGGCGCUGUCGAGAAGAGAAAUGACGUUUUUCCUCCAAUUCCUCACUCAUUGCUUCAACAGUUACGAGCAGCCCUCGAUCCGCGAAAGCGUCGUGAACCUGGUCGGGCUUCCGGGCUGGUUACACUUAAGCCCGGAUAGGUUGGAGGUGACGCUGUCGGAGUCCAAACAGUACCGAAAGUUCUGGAAAUCGGUCAACAGCAAGUACGCUUUUGACGCGCCGCAGGAGCCGACAUUGGAGCAGCGAACCCUGAUGCUAGCCGGGAUAGAAGAGAAAACGGUUGCUGCUGUUGCAGAUGAGGUUGAUGGUGAGACGAAAAAGGAUGGCGAAGCAGAAAAUAACUCAGACGACGAGGGAAACAAAAUGGUCGAGGAAGAGGGCGGAGGAGAAGAUGCUGCUGUAGCGGACGGUGAUGCAGCGGGAGAUGCAGAUGAGGCCGCUGCUGAAGUAGAUGCAGAAAACAAAGAAGACAAAGACGACGGCGUGCUGGAUAUCUCAAAUAUGGGCCAGGCGGUCGCCAAAGUGGUCUCGGGCUCUGUUGAUAAGCAAGCGGUGUUCCAGCCGCUCCCGCGUCUCCCAGCGACAGUUGCGGAGAAGUAUGGGAGUGUCAGGAUUGAAAUCGUCAAAGUUGAAAUUAUUUGUAAUGCAUAAAAUCGAUACCAGCUGGAAGCCCAAUUUCCCAGCGGUGCAUGACAAAUUUCGGCACCGUCUAAAACCAGUUUGUCAUGCUGUUUGGGGACAGAAGGCGCCUUUUGUCAUGCUACUUUAGCAGCUCUAUUCCAAACCCGAAACAGGCUUACAAUCGGCCUCAUUUGCAAUCCCUGCAAGAGAGGCACAUCAUGCCUUGCAAUUUCUGCAUGAGAAAUUAUUUCAACUUUGAGGAUUUCAAUCCUGAGGGUUCCAUAAGAAGCAUCUGCAGAUCAAGGUUGACUACAGCAAGGAGCCGCUGACUAGAACGCAGGUACACUAUCAUGAGUAAAAACGUACCCACACCAGAGUCAGGAUGGGGAAUCUGCUAGACAAAUCAGCCAGCUUUGGUUGUUUGGCAUGACAAGUUUGUCCGCUUAGUGUAGUGCUGUUUGAGCUAGUUUAGCAGCAUUACAGAGCUAGUACCUCGUGCUGAUUGGAACAUGACAAAUUUCAAAACCGCAUUAGAAAAUGCUUCUCAUGGGGCUCCGCAUGAGAAACAUUUUAAGCAUGCAGAGUUGCAUGACAACUAUGGUGUGGGUACGUUUUUACGCAGGAUAUACACGCGAGGGAUUUCAUGGCGAAAUUGAUGCAGGACUUUUUCGAGAACCUGGAAAAGCAGCGCAACGCCCCGAUCUCGCACGCACUACCGGCGUAUUUUAUCCGGGCGAUGGAGCGGUUUUUGGAGCUGUUGAUCGACUUGCUCUCCCAGCUCCCGUUCCGGAAAUGCUUCCGGCCUUUGUUCGCGGACCGGCAUUUUGUAGUAAGGGUGAGGGAGUUUGUGGAAGUCAUGCGGGCACGCAUGGCGGAGCAGGACAGACUCCUGCAGUUGCACGGGAAAGGAAGAGGGAAAGCCCGAUUCUGGAUAUCAAAUGCAAAUAUGUCUGGGUCUGGAAGAAUACAAACCUGUGAUGCGCAUUUCAGAACACAGAAAAAUCUCUCAUGCAUAGGUGGCAAAAGCUGCUCACUUUCUGUCACCAAAGUGGGGGAUCUGUCAUGCGGAUUCGGCAUUGCGGAAGCUCCUCGAAACCUGUGACGCUAGAGCUUCCAUGCCAGACCUUCUGUGGCAUGCAAAAACAGCACGACUCUUCCAGAUCCAAACAUAUUUGCAGUUCAUACUGGAACACGAGAGACGACCGCGCCGGCCGGUUCGCAAGGCAAGCAGUGAAGGGAGGAGGUUCAUCUGGUGGAGGUAAACAUCAGAACAACUACAAAGGUAACAAUGGAAAGAUGGGCAAAAAUAACUACGAACAUCAACAGCAGGAUUCAAUGGGGUGGUACGGUCCGGGCAGCACGCCCAUGCCGGGGAAAGGUGGCAAAGUCGUUCCGGAGUACCACGGCCCGAUGGGCAACUACCCGAUAGGUGGUGGAGCAGGUGGUAAAACGUCACCCUCAAACGCAGGGAAGGGUGGAAAUUAUGGUGCGCCAAAUUCUUUCGCAGCUCCACCACCCCAACCCGUCCCCGUUGUGCAGAUGCAAGACAGCUACGGAAACAAUUUCGUCCAAGAAACGGCGGACAACGGUUACGACCCUUUCGGGACGGAGAAUUUCGACCAGUGGUUCGAGUCCGCGUUUCAGGACGCUGCCGACCACGACGAACUCUUUACGACAAACGACGCGGCUGUUCCAAAUUUGAACGCCGAUGGUAAAAAUUCGAACGGGCACAGUGCGUUAAACGACAUGUCGGGUAAGGAUCCGUUUGACGUUCUGGCCGAACAGCAACAAAAUAGCAACUCCGGGAUGUGGUUCCCGCCCAAUUUCGAGGAGCAGGACCCGGCACUGCUCGAGCGCAAGCGGGAAGAGGAGGAGCAGAAGGCCAGGCUGCAGGAAAGGCUCAAGAACGUGACGCAGGGCAUGCGCGACCCGAGUGGGGUUGCUGUGUCCACGGAGAACAUGGUCUUCGCCGGGGGGAUUUAUCCGGAGGAUGACGUGUGGCGGCUGAGUGAGCAGCUGUUGGGGAUUUUAGAAUUUUACGACUUGUUUGAGGUGGACGACGUCACCGGGGCGGCGUUGCACCGACAAGACGUUUUACAGCGACACUACGACGAUCACAACCGCUUACGAAAAAUCUGCUUCGAGAUAGGGAACGCGGGGGAAGAAAUCGAUCCGAACACGGUAUAAUGCUGAAGAAAAUUAUGCUCGUUCUUAUUUGAAUUUUCAACACAGAGACAGACACGAUGGUUUUGAAUGGAACAAGCUUGAGCAAACUCGUCAAUCUCAAUCAUUAUACUUAACAGGGCCAACCGAAGACGAUCGUUGACCAAACGGAGGAGAUGCGAAGAAUCGCUUUGUCCCACGUGGGCGAUUUCCAGUCCCGCCAGGAGCUCCGUCGCGUUUUCGCGCAGCUCCCUUAUACGGUGUUGAAGGAAAUUUGCCAGAAACUCUGUUACCUGGACGUGAGCCGGGAGAACAUCCUCCACAAACUUGACAAUAUCGUCGUCAACCACGCGAAAAAUGUCCAACUUUUGAACGCCCAACCCGCGACGCGGAAAAAGGUGAAGCCAAAGCCGCGGAAGGAGGAGAUCAUUUUGAAGAAACUGUUUCUGGAGGUUUUGUACCAAAAACUCGAGUCGAAAGAGGCGCAAUUAGAUAAGGUGAACGCUUUACCACUCUUCCCCGCGGAAGAUAUAUCCAAGAAAAAAAGAUUGUUGGUGUAACUUUCUUGGAGGAUUAGCAUGACAAAUAUGUCUCGCAUGACAGCAAAAACCUGUCAUGCGCAGAUAGUACGUGAAACGCCCUUGAAUGGACCCUACUACGCAGGCUCAGCAUGACAGGCGCAAUCAAUUUGCAUGCUGCGCAUCACAAAUUUAGAUUUACACUAGCAGCGUUUUUUUCUUGGAUAAGAUAUCGUCUGGGACAAGCACUUAGUUCCGGACGAACACUUCCAAUCCGAGCACGCGCUGGCGUUACCCAAGUUGAACCUGCAGUUCUUGACCAUGCACGAUUAUUUGUUGCGGAACUUUCAUUUGUACCGUUUAGAAUCCACCUACGCAAUCCGGAACGACAUCCGGGACGUGAUUCCCCGCAUGCGGCCGGUCUCCGACCCGGGCAUCGCGGGCGGGAUCCGGUUUCUGGGCAACGCGCGGAUGGGCGUCGCGGUGGAUUCCUUUCAAAUCGUGGAAACCAAGCCACCACUCGUAGGCGAGAAGGCGCCGGCUAGGGUAUAACAGAACUUGAUUUACUUAUUUGUAGCUGUUUAUGUACUUCUUCUACUUCUUCUUGCUUUCUACUAACUUCUCCUGGUUGACGAUGAGUACUGACUGCGACGACGAGACUACAACCCAUAUAGAGGAAAUCAAGUUCUUGUCCCGUAGGCUCAAGCACGCUGUUGACAUUUUUCAUCAUCAUCCUCCAUCCCGGAUUUUUACACGACAACAGGUUCGGUGCGAGAUCCGUUUUUCCGUUGCCACCAUCCGUUCGCAGAUGGUGCAGCGCGAGUGGCAGCAGCUCCACGAGCACGACGUCGUUUUUCUCAUCGCUUUGGACCCGCCCCCCGUUGCGUUCAAGGGUAACCCGAUGGAACUCGAUACGCACGAGUUUCCGAAGCAGUUUGGGAUCCGGGAGAUCCGCGGGAUCGAGGUGGACAAGUUGCACGACGGGGAAAACAACAUGUUGUCGGAUCCGUUCACGAAAAAGGACCCGAUCGGGAAUGAACGAGUGCUCACCGGGUUUUACGACAGCGCCCAGUAUUUGAUGGACAACGACCCAAAGCACGACUUGUUCGGCAUGGGAAGGAAAGCAACCCGGACCGCAAAUCAGGGGGUGGUGUUCAACACGCCGACGGCGGAAGGUGCGGAGCAAGUCCCGGUCGAUAUCGAUGAUGAAAAGCCGUUUCACAUUCUAAUCAGGCGGAACCCGAAGGAGAACAACUUCAAAUCGGUGCUGGAAACCAUCCGGGCAUUGAUGAACAGCACGGAAUCUGCCGUCGUGCCGAAGUGGCUGCACCGCUUGUUUCUAGGGUACGGUGACCCGUUGGAAACGCAGUACAAAGUGCUCGGCAGCACCCCGGAGAUUGACUUUCGCGACACGUUUUUGGACCGUGAUCACGUCUUCGAGGCUUUCCCGGAAUGCCAAGCGAUAGAGAUACCCGAGGACUGCUUACCGCCAUACAAACUGAAAUUCGAAACCGGGCCGAGAAAUAACAACGACAAUAAAGCAGUAGAUAUGGAGGUCGACGCGGAAGGAACAACAAAUGCGGGUCCUGACAAUAAUAAAGCGAACCGAAAAAACAAGAAGAAAAAGAAUCAUCAAGACAUGAACAAGAAGGCGAAGAAGAUCGACAUCGACAUUGUGGACAAAAAAAUCGUCGGCAGCACCUACAUCGUGAAGAACCCAGGACCUUACGAGUACUGCCAGCCGCAAUUGAACAAGGUCCGGUUCACGCCGGUACAAGUCGACGCGAUCCGGUCCGGGGUUAAUGAGGGGCUGACGAUGGUCGUCGGACCCCCGGGGACCGGGAAGACCGACACCGCGGUCCAGAUUGUAAAUUUGCUCUUCCACAACUUCCCGGACCAAAAAAUGGUGCUGGUCGCACACAGCAAUCAGGCCCUGAACGACCUGUUCGACAAGAUCUGCAAGUUGGAUAUUCCAGAACGGUAUUUGGUUCGUCUCGGUCGGGGGAUUGAGGAAUUGGACAGCGAACGCGAUUUCAGCAAGUACGGCCGGAUCGACUUUAUGUUGAGCCGGCGGAUGGAACUACUCGACUUGGUCGGGAAACUUGCGAGAUCUCUAGGUUUAGACGCAGACCACACGAGUUACAGUUGUGAGACCGCGAAGUUUUUCUUUCUGCAGCACGUGCAGAGGGCGUGGGAGCUGUUUGUGGAGAAGGUGCAGAUUGCGGGAAAGAAGGGCGAGAACUUGUACAAGGUAGUUGACUAUUUGGACGAAUAUAGGCAGAAGUUCCGGGAGGCGCAAAAAAAGAAUCCGGAACUGUUUAAGAAUGCGGAGGAAGAAAACGACGAGCCAAAUGAGGAGCAGCUGGGCGAGCCGAAGAAGAAAAAGCGGAAGAAAAACAAGAAGAAUAAGGACGACAUGGUCGGAAAGCCGGAUUUUUUGAUCCCGGACAACGCCCAGAAGAGCGAUGAGGAGAUCGAGAAGUUGAACAAAGAGUACGCUCAAAAGUUGCUCGAAAAGCACAACAACAGCGUCGUUGCGGCUCUGUUCCCGUUUUCAGACUUUUUCGACGACGUCGGACGGCCGUUGUUCCAGAACAACGACUACGCAAAGGAUUUUGACGAGGCCGAGGGCUGUUUCGCGUUUUUCCAAAACCUGUGGAAGGAGAUCGGGGAGUGUUUACCGUUCGAGAUGCUCCGAACCGGGACGGACCGGGGCAACUACUUGGUCACCACACACGCGCGGAUCAUCGCCAUGACCUGUACGCACGCGGCGUUGACGAGGGCAAACUUGGUGAAGAUGAACUUCCAGUACGACAACUUGAUUAUGGAGGAGUCCGCACAGAUUCUGGAAGUGGAGACGUUGAUCCCCAUGUUGCUGCAGAAGGCGGAUGUGGCCGGAGAAUCCAGGCUGAAACGCGUCGUGCUGAUUGGGGAUCACCACCAGCUGCCGCCGGUCGUGAAAAACCGAGCGUUUGAACGAUACGGACACUUGGAUCAGAGCCUGUUCACCAGGUACAGAAGUCUUGAUGUUGUUGCACUUUGUACGAGGAGUACCGCCUAGUACAGUAUGCUGAUAAAGAUCUAGCUCUAGGAUCGUUGUAAUUGUGAGUCAUGCAACGUGAAGACGAUACGUAGACAAACCGCGAUUUUAGAAAACGCAAGUGAUGAGAAAAAUAUUCGAAAAUACAACAACACCCUCAGGUUCAUCCGCCUCAACGUCCCCCACGUGAUGCUGGACGCCCAGGGUCGUGCGCGACCCAGCAUUGCGUCACUAUACAACUGGAAAUACGACAACAUGCGAAAUCUGCCCAACGUGCAGAAAAAAAUCGACUACCGAUUGGCGAACACGGGCUUGGUUUAUGACUACCAGUUCAUCAACGUACCGGACUACAACGGGACAGGUAUGGGGUUUGGGAUGUUAAGGAUCAUUUUCUUGGCAUUUUUUUUGAUUCAUAGAGACCGAAGAAAGUGAAUUUAGAAAUGCUGUUCAAGUUCAGUAUCUCAAGAACUUUUUACUCAAACCGAAUAUCAAAAACUUCAACUUUCAUCAAACUCAGGUGAAACCUCCCCGAUGCCGUACUACUUCCAAAACGAGGGUGAAGCGGAGUUUGCAGUAGCUAUGUUCAUGUUCAUGCGACUUCUCGGUUACCCCGCCGGCUCCAUCUCCAUCCUGACGACCUACAACGGGCAGAAAGCGCUCAUACGAGACGUACUAUUUUUGUUUUGUUCGCUAUUUUCUAGUACUUCACCGUUGGAACAACCCCAAGAACCCGCUGCAAUUCUUCGUGGCUCGAAAAAUGUGCACCAUCAACUCUCAUAUAUCAAAUCGAAACCCCACUACAGGUUAUCCAGAAGCGUUGCGCUUGGAACCCUCUGUACGGGUGGCCGAAGCAGGUGACGACCGUCGAUAAGUACCAGGGUCAGCAGAACGAGUACAUUAUCCUUUCCCUCGUUCGCACGGAGAAAGUUGGUCACUUGCGCGACGUCCGCCGUCUCAUCGUGGCCAUGAGUCGUUCCAAGUUGGGACUCUACGUGAUCGGCAGGUUUGCGAAUUUCAACCAGUGCUACGAGCUCCAACCGGUUCUGAAGUACUUCAAAAAGCGACCCUUUUCCCUGGCUCUGUACAAGGACUACAAGACGGAAUUCUGGCCGUGCGAACGGUUUCUGGACACGAGUGACGCGUACGCGGAGAAGAAUUCCCGGUUGGUCGCGAGCGGAAUUGAGGAGAUGUGGAAGAUUCUGGGCGAAAUGCAGGAACAAAAGGCGAAGGAACUCGGGCUGAUCACGAACGACGCGAAUCUACCGCACAUGCAGGAACCGCAGGACGAGGAGUGA